GUUUACGUUGUAGGAAAUUAUUUCUUAAAUAGGCAAUAAUAUUCAUAAUGUCUCGACUGAAUAACACUGAUGCCUUGGAAAGGCAAUUAGCUGACUUGCAAAUGUCGAAGGAUAUAAAUUCUCCUGGAAAAAUAAAGAAGAUACCACCAGCUGUGCCGCCCAAGAAGAAAGCUCAGCCGCAAGUUCCGCAUAGUGCUGUUGUCAACACAUUACGUGAACCUUCUUAUUCAACAAAGAUAACUCCUUUGCAAAAUGCGCCACCGCCUCCACCACCACCUCCGACGUAUAGCAAUGUUCCAAGAGAUUCUAGCAAUAUCCGUCCCAUGCACAAAGAUUAUGCAAAUUUAACUCAACUGUCACUUCCCUCUCAUUCGUAUCAAAACAAUAUAACCACACCUUCUAAAAGUUAUGCUCCUAUGUAUAGUAAUGUUCCUCAGUAUAAAGUAAGCAACAAUCCACCCUUGCCCCCCCCACCUCCUUUUCAUGUCACGUCGAAGUCUUUUGAUCCUAAUCAUAAUGAAGAACUGAUUCCUCCACCGUCUCCUGUCAGCUCUAAUUACAGUGAAUUAAUGAGAGCCACGGCGAACUUGAAUUUUAACCAGGACCGUCCACCCUAUCCUGCUAUAUAUCAAAACGAGUACCCUGAAUAUGGAGUGUCACAAGCAUCAACAUAUGAGUCACUUUAUGAACCUAUUAAUUUACACCCACAAAGUAAUCCAGUACAGGCUACUAAACAACCAACCAAUCAAAGUUAUAAAAACAAUAUGAAACCAAUAGGGAAAUCACCUAUGCUGAAGGAAGAAGAGGUUGAUGCAUUAACUAAUAUGCUUGUUCAAUCUAUAUCUGGCAGCUCUGAAUUCUUUGGCAUAUGUGUGAAAUGUGAUCAACAAGUUGUAGAUGAGAGUUCUGGCUGCACCGCAAUGGGAAAAAUGUAUCAUGUGAAAUGUUUUUGUUGCCACAAAUGUAAUACAAAUUUGCAAGGAAAACCAUUUUAUGCAGUUGAAGGGAAUCCUUAUUGCGAGGCAGAUUAUUAUGAAACCUUGGAAAAAUGUUCAGUAUGUAAUAAUCCCAUUUUAGACAGAAUUUUGAGAGCUACUGGUAAACCCUAUCAUCCAACUUGUUUCACUUGUGUUGUAUGUGGUAAAAGUCUCGAUGGUAUACCAUUUACAGUGGAUGCUAUGAAUCAGAUUCAUUGCAUUGAAGAUUUUCACAAAAAGUUUGCACCUAGAUGUUGUGUAUGUGAACUACCAAUAAUGCCUGAAGAAGGGGAAGAGGAAACCGUAAGAGUUGUUGCUCUAGACCGAAGUUUUCAUGUCCGAUGUUACAAGUGUGAAGAUUGUGGCCUUCUCUUGUCGUCUGAAGCAAGGGGGCGUGGAUGCUAUCCUCUUGAUGAUCAUAUUCUUUGCAAAGCUUGCAAUGCUCAUCGUAUUCGUAUGAUCACUAAUGUAAUGACUACAGAUUUAUAAAAUUAUUACAUUUAUUUAUCUAAGCUAGUGCUAGGGUUCAUUGAUUUCGACAAAAACUGCAAAAUCACAUUUAACAAAAAUACUGUAAGUUUAUAUAUGCCAUAACUUUUAAGUAAAGCAACAUGAAAUUUAGAUAGAAGUGUAUCUUUUAAAUAUUUAUUUGUAAUUUUUAAACAUUUUGGCAAUCUUGCCAAUAUAUUAUUUCAAUAUAAUUAGUUAACUAGAGGAUAAGAUUAUAUUAUAAGUAUACUUAUAUAUUUUUCUGGGGAUUAAAACCAAUAAUAAAUGUAAUAAAUUGACAUAUAUUUUUAUAUAAUGAGAUAGAUUACUUUGAAGACUGAAGAGGUAGCAAUAUUUUUGCAUUUAUAUACAAUAUUAUAAAAUCAUAAAUUAAUCUUGUUAAAAAAAAUGUGAUAUUUAGAAAUUAUAUGACUAAAAACAAAGACGUAUUCAUACUAACUUAUUAAAAAGCAUUAUAAAUGCUAUAUAAUAUAUUGUGCUUAUGCUAUAAAUAAUUAUAAUAUGACAGCUGUAAUAAAAAUAUAUAAU